AUGCCUUCCGUAUACGUCGGUGACACCCUCCUCGCCCAAUCCGAACGCGUCGAACGCGUCGAAGGAAAUCUUUACUUCCCCCCCGGCACCAUCCAAAAGCAAUAUUUCCAUGGCCCUACGGAACUCCAUACCCACUGUCCCUGGAAAGGCGACGCCAGCUAUUACACCGUCGAAAUUCCGGGUAAGGAUGAUGCGAGGAGUGUGAAGUUGGAGAAUAUUGCGUGGUAUUAUCCGGAGGCGAAGGAGGGGGCAAAGUACAUUGAGGGGUGGGUUGCCUUUUAUAAGAAUAAGGUGGAAGUGAGGGAGUGA